AGUGUCAAUCCAAAAUUAUCAAGCCAUUUGAUUGUUAUUGCUUGUAAAUAACGUGGAGCUUUCGUGGGUAUUGCGAAAUACCGAUUAGAUUUGCUCAGUUGCGGUCAGAGCUCCAACAUGAACGAACCGAAUUCGUGAAAAUGUGCCUCGGAUAUUGCUGGCUGACUGUCUGCCUGUGCCUGCUGCUGCAACAGGAUCUUCACCAGGACCUGGCCCAGGCUGCCAGCAUCCUGGGUAUAUUUCCCUACCGCCACAUUUCGCCGUUCUUCGUGAUGCAGCCUUUGGCUCGGACAUUGGCGCAGAGAGGGCACAAUGUGACUCUAAUCACACCGUUCGGCAUGCCAAACGAUAUCGAGGGAGUGCGACAUAUACGCGUUGCUCAGCUAAACGAACGUAUAAAGGAAAUGCUCGAGUCUGACCAAGUGCUGGAUUUCAUGAUUAACAAAUGGACGGAGAGCGCACUUACUGCAAAGGCGCUUUUCAAUGCCUCCUAUGAUAUUCUAAGUGAUCCCGGCGUUCAAAGGAUGCUGCACGACAGAAACGAGGGCUUCGACCUGAUCAUCAUGGAACCAGCUAAUCUCGACGCCCUUUAUGGCCUGGUUGAGUACUACAAUGCCACAUUGAUAGGAUUAUCCAGUAUACGGAUUAACUGGCACACCGACGAAUUGGCCGGAAAUCCAGCGCCAUCAAUAUACGAGCCAAUAUCGCCGGUGGGCUAUUCGCUGGAAACAUCAUUGCUCAGUCGAAUGUACAAUUGGAUUCAUAUAAUGGAAGAGAAAUUGGUGGACUACUUGAUCUUACGACCAGCUCAGCUGCACCUAUUUCAGAAAUUCUUUGGCUAUUCCGCACAGAAGAUGAACGAGUUGAGAUCCAGAUUCUCGUUGAUGCUGAUCAAUAGCCACUACAGCAUGGGCAAAGUGAGAGCCAAUGUGCCAAACAUUAUCGAGGUGGGUGGACUUCAUCUCAGCGAGCCAACUGAACAGUGUGACGAGGAGCUGCAGAAGUUUCUGGACGAAGCGGAGCACGGAGUCAUUUACUUCUCGUUGGGCAACGACAUUCUGAUCAAGUUUCUUCCCGUAAACAUUCAAGAGUUUCUACUGCAGACGUUUGCUAAGCUAAAACAAAGUGUGAUUUGGAAGAGCGAACUGCUGUAUAUGCCCAACAAGUCGGACAAUGUAUAUGUUAUUGAACAAGCCCCCCAGCGCCAGAUUCUGUACCAUCCCAAUGUCCGACUAUUCAUCACAAACGGUGGACUACUGAGUGUGAUUGAGGCGGUGGACAGCGGAGUUCCAAUGCUGGGACUACCCAUGUUCUUUGACCAAUUCGGCAAUAUGCGCUGGGCACAGUCAUCCGGAAUGGCAGAAGUCAUCGAUAUCAACACUCUGAACGAGGCUAUUCUAACCGAGACCAUUAAAUAUAUGCUGGGAAACCAGAGUUAUUCUGUGAAAGCGAAGGAAAUGUCGCAGUUCUUCAAGGACCGCCCCAUGAGUCCUUUGGAUACGGCUGUGUGGUGGACGGAGUACGCACUUCGAAACCGGAACAUUACUCGAAUGCGCCUUAACUUGGAGGAGAUUCCAUUGCUGGAGUACUAUAGGAUAGACAGUAUUUUAGCAUUUAGUGCGCGAUUUGGAUUAGUCGCUGUAUCCCUAGUCUUUCUGGUCUACACCUUGUUACUGAAAAGUCGUGUCAGACGAUUGCAUCCAUAAUAAAGUCACUAUGUCUGUAGA